CGAUGCUGGGCUGGCUGCCUGUGGUGACCAAUGCGGCCGCUCUGCCUUCGAUCGUGCACGGGUAUCGGGAGGGGUUGGCUGUGGAGACAAUGGUGCUUGUUGGCGCACUGGUGACGUCGAUCGGAUACCAUGUGGCGCGGACAAUGUCGGCGAGAGUGCUGGGACUAACGCCGGUGCAGUGGCGGGUGGCGGACAUCUACGUGGCGCACGUCAUGUUUGUACUGAUGGCCAUCCAUCUGCACGGGCUUGCGAGGGGCUUGCGGCGGCUCCUGCUUGCUGUACUCCCUGGCACCAUCGGCGUGGCGUUUGCGGUGAUCGGCAUCUCGCCGAUCUUUCUCCUCACCGUCGUCAUGCCUGCGGUGGGCUCUGUCGCAGUCCGUGCGGCUAUGAGCGGCGGGCUGGCGGGGAUGGGCGUUGAUGCGGCGGCAUUCCGACGGGCGAUGGCGCCGUCGGUGGUAUCUGGCGCGGCACUCGCGCUCUCUGGGAUCUUUCCUCAACACUACGACGUGUGGCACUCACUGUGGCACUGUGCCGCGGGCCUGGCGUCGUAUCGCAUCUUUGUGGCACGCCGUGUGCCGAAGCGGAGCGGGCGGAGCUCGCCGUAAAAUGGGAUACAUGGACCCAGGCACACACUCACUCCCAUACACACAACAAGCUC